GCAACAGAGAGAGGGGCUGGAACAGAGAAAGAGAGGACUCGAAAGGGAAGAACCCUCGACAGAUGGACUUGCUCGAGAUUAAAUAUGGCGGCGGUCUUAGCUGCGGAUCACGAAGGAGGCUGCCGGAGCCGUAGUCCGGCGGCGGAGAACCGGGAAGCCCGCAGGAAGCGAAAGCGGCAGGUACAAAUGGAUGGAAAAGACCAACUCUGGCGACUUUGCACCUUUGCUGGACCUUUCCCUUUCAUGGAAGUGAGGUGGAUCUUAAAUCAACUUGAAGUGUGCCCUAGCUUUGCUAUGGAAUCCUGGGUAAUUGGGCGUACGGCACGAGGAUGCAGAGGGGAGGCGUUCAACCACGAGGAGUUACUUUGCUGUGGUGUAAGUAGGCAUCUGGAUCUAGUAAUCGUGUUGUUCGGGCUUGACGGGGUCGUGCUACUUGGAUGCCGGGACUAUGAGCGUGAGCAACCAAGGGGGCUUCCUGGUCGACGUGGGUGGCAGCUUCAAUGAGGAUGCCCCCAGACCUCCAGUCCCGGGGGAAGAGGGUGAGCUGGUGCUCACCGAGAGUCACAACGCCGGCUUCCCGUCAUCCAAAAGCCUCAAAUGUGAGACGUCCGUGGCCACGCCCAGGCGGUCGGACCUGGACUUGGGCUACGAGCCAGAGGGCAGUGCCUCUCCGACGCCGCCUUACUUGAGAUGGGCGGAGUCGCUUCACUCGCUACUGGAUGACCAGGAUGGCAUCCAUCUGUUCAGGACGUUCCUCAAGCAGGAAGUGUGCGCUGACCUGCUGGACUUCUGGUUCGCAUGCAGCGGCUUCCGCAAACUGGAAGCCGGUGAGGGCAAUGACGAGAAGCGGCUAAAACUGGCGAAAGCUAUCUAUAAGAAGUAUAUCCUGGACAACAACGGUAUUGUUUCCAGGCAGAUCAAACCAGCGACUAAGUCUUUCAUCAAAGACUGUGUGAUGAAGCUACACAUCGAUCCAGCCAUGUUCGACCAGGCUCAGACUGAGAUCCAGACCACAAUGGAGGAAAACACCUACCCUUUAUUCCUUAAAUCAGAUAUCUAUUUGGAACACGUGCAGGCAGGGGGCGAGAGUCCCAAGCUGUACUCUAAUCAAAGCCCACUUUCCGGGAAUGCAAAGAAUCUGGCGGGGUAUUUGCCGACAUUAAACGAGCACGAGGAGUGGCGGUCCGAGCAGGAGCCAGAAGCGCCGCCUAAUUGUGACCUCACGCCCAGCAGCAGGCUUACCCAGAGGCUGCUCACGGAGACACCUUCGCAUCGCACUGCAGGAAGAUUCCAGGAAGAGUACAGACAUGCACCCGGUCGGGAGACCACCGACCGCUACUAUGCCAAUGCUGGUCACGCAUUGGCUCCAGCCACCAGCGCUAAUGACAGUGAGCAGCAGAGUAUGUCAAGCGACGCUGACACGCUUUCCCUUACUGACAGCAGCGUAGAUGGCGUCCCACCCUACAGAUACCACAAACCUCAUCGGCGGGAGAUGCACGAGAGUGCUCGAGCAAACGGGCUCGUGCCGCUGCCUCUCAUCCCCCGCACUUACAGGAUUCCAAAAGACAUCCACGUGGCGCCGGAGCGCUUCGCCGCCGACCUGAUUCUUCGUCUGGAGGGCGUCCUCAGAGAGAGGGAGACCGAGGAGCGACUCAGGAGGUUGCGCCUGGAAGAGGAAGGCGACGACGAAGGCUUUCCCUCAUGCGCUCACCCGCAGAACUACGCAGACGACUGCGGCUCCUUCCUGAGGGAUGCCCACGAGGAGAACCCUGAGAGCAUCCUGGACGAGCACGUCCAGCGCGUCAUGAAAACUCCGGGCUGCCAGUCGCCGGGAACGGGCCGCCAUUCUCCCAAGUCCCGCUCGCCGGACGCUUUCAGAGGGACGGCGGGGGCGGCGCCGUCUUGGGGGGCUCAGGGUAAACAUCUGUCCAGGCACGCUGUCAAGGGAGAGUCGGGUCACCACUACAAGCAUCACACACACCAAGCGGAGUCACCUUGGGGCGUGGGAUCCACAAACAUGGAGUAUGCAACCUAUGGGAGCAAAGUUGGCGCGCAGUGCAGACGAACUUUCAAACGUGGGGAGGAAGCAGGAGCCCCGUUGGAAAACAUGGAGAAGAAGCAGAAGAUCCUUCUGUGGCUCAUGGAAGGACAGAAAGAGAUGAUCCGGCACAAGAGGAGCCCGUACGGUUGCACCGCAGGCUCCAAUAAGGGUCCAGGCCAUCCCAGCUGCUCUUGGAACAACGUGCAGCCGUCGCAUCCUUUCAUCCAAGAUCCCACCAUGCCCCCCAACCCGGCCCCGAGCCCCCUCAUCCAACUGGAGGAGGUUCGCCGGCGGCUGGCGGAGGAAAAGAUGAUCAAGUCUGGAACGGUGCAGCCCAAACAGCGGUAUGUGAUGGAGGUGAUCCAGCGGGGUCGCACUGCACUCAGGCCUGCACUGUUCCCGCCGCUCAGCGUGGUGCCCGCCGUGUCGGACUGCGAGCUCUCCGAGCCCGAGCACAAAGUGACGAAAAAGCAAGGGUGCGACAGCAUGACAGUGGCGUACUACUUCUGCGGGGAGCCCAUACCCUACAGGACGUCCAUCAAGGGGCGACUGGUGACGCUCAGCCAGUUUAAAGAGCUGCUGACCAAGAAAGGAAACUACAGGUAUUAUUUCAAGAAGGUGAGUGACGAAUUCGACUGCGGGGUGGUGUUCGAGGAGGUGCGCGAGGAUGACGCGACACUGCCGAUCUUCGAGGAGAAGAUUAUCGGGAAAGUGGAAAAGAUCGAUUGAGGCGCGUGUCAGGAGUGGAGAGGAAGUCAUAGGCACGUGGGCAGUGGGAGAAGGUGAACGGAAAGUGGGUGGGAAAGCGAAACAGAAAGUGCUGCAAGGAGGCGCCCGAUGUAUCUUUUGUAAAGUUUACUUUCGGAAAAGUGCGGCAGAAUUUUUUACGCUCUUAAAAUCACUCGUCCUUUCUAAAGUAACCGCACUUAUUGUGAUUCUUUUUAUAUGUACUGAUGAUACCAGGUGUGUACAGUUUGUGGUAACAAAUAACAUUUUGUAUCUAUUUAACUAUUUAAAAUUUGCUAUCCUAUUGAAGCCCCCAUACCCCCCGCCCCCUCUCCCGGAGAAGACGAUCACAAUCCUUUUUAAAAACAUUGCAUUUUGAAAUGCCACUUGCAAUUAAUUUAUUAUUUAGUGACAUUUUAGUCUAGCAGCAUUUUGGGCGCCACAGUUGUAAUUAUGCAUUUUUUGAGGGGGGGGUGGCUAUUUCGAAUACGAUAUUCCCCAAAAAUUGGGAACCCACGCUCAAGAUGUAAAAUCAUUAUUAUUUUUAUUCUAAAUAUUGGGCCAUUUAUUCGUUUUAUUUCACACAAGUGUUAGCAAAAUUUCCCCCGACUAACACUGUGAGUGAGCUGUCAAAACAAAUUGUAAUUGUAGAUUUGAACAUCUAUGCAAGCUGCUUUCAAAUUAUAAUUAUUAUUAUAAACAAUGUGAUCUAGAAUUGGACUGUAUGGGAGUUCAUUUUUAUGUUACUUAUCACAUCACAGCAUUUUUGAAAGAAGGCAUUUUCCAGCAGCAAAGUCGGUGCCUCUCAUUUUGGUGCCUGGAAAGAUUGCAGCUCUUUAAAAAGCCUUCUUAAAUGAAAGCAGACUAAGUAAUGAUUUUUAUUAUAUAGGCCCCUUAGAACAGGUGUGAGGCCUCAUUCAGUGGUAAACAUCCCGGGCAUGUGUUAAUGAAUAUACAUGAUAAAAAUAUACAGAAAUUAUUUUGUUUUGUACAAGCACAACAUGAGGUGUCCUGGCUGGCCCACCAGUAACAUUAAACCAUGUUAGUAGGAGUUGCGGUGUUGCCAUGGCAAUAACUGCCAAUGUGUUUUUCUUUAUGACAAGCCACUAUAGCCUCAAUCGGAUUUUGAAGGUCAUAUUACAGAUAGCUGCUUGAAUUUAACAACCCCUCUGCAUUUCAAUCAUUAAUCGUAAUGUGGAAGCAUUUACUGUUUGCUCCAUGGCGCCCCCUAUAGGUGUGGAGGCUCAUGGACUUGACAGUGGAAAACAUAAAUAGCAAUUUUUUUCACGACAAGAUGCUAAGCUAAUGAAUGUACACGCUAAAAACAGAUAUGUAUACCUUGAAUUGAUUUUAGUGUUUGUACAAGCACACUAAUGCCAACGCUAGUAGAACUUGAAAGGUGUCCUUGCUGGUCCACCACAAACCACUAAAGCAGUUGUUGCCGACCCCUUUUCUCUUUAUGAUAGCCAGUGUAGCAUAUAGCAUCAAUAUGAUUUUUGGAGCUGUGAUUUUGAAGGUCAGGUAAUUCAAUAUAUUGGCUUUAAUGAAACACCCCUUCGAAGUUAUAGUAUUCGUGCUAACAUGUAAGCGCUUAUUAUAAAUGACUAGUUCAUUGACGUUUGUAGCGUGGGAGCUGGGAAUGUGUCUCGAAACUCACAAGAGAAGCAAGAAAGUUUUGGGGGGUGGAUUUUGUCAAGAACGCUAAGAAAAUGUGUUUAAAGGCCACAAUGGGACGUCAUGCAUUCUUCCGCAUUCAUCACUGAAGGAUUACGAACAAAAAGUGGACCUUGAAGUCUUAUUACAAGUGUGCUGAUGCUGGGUAGAAACAACCAGUUGAUGGAAUGUCCUGAAAUCUUAAGGUUUAGAUGCAGUAUAAAGCUAAUAUAUUUGUGAUAUUGUCAGGACAUGAUUUAAUUUAUGGAUGUCAUUUUUAUUUUAUUUUUUUUCCAUGUCGUAGUCUUUUGAGAUAAGCUGUUUUAUUUUCAAACCCCCAAAAUGUCAUUCAAAUGUAUAAAGUUACCAUCAGAGUGCCUUUAUUACUAUCAUUAUUAUUAUUGCUCUUAUGGUUGUUGUUUGUAUGUAAAUAUGUGCAACAUUAAGUGUCAUCAACCAGCAGCCCAGUCAGCACAUUCAUAACUUCACGAGAGAGAAGAAGAAGAAAAAAAAAAAACUUGAAAAAAGGUACCUGGACAAUAAAAACAUGCAAUAAACCAA